GUGAAAACAUUUUUUUUGUGAAAGUUUGUUAUUGAUAUAUUAUAAUUAAAAUUAAUUAGAUUAGGGCCCCAGUUAGUGUGUAGUUAUGAGUUGAUGAGAAACCCUGAAAGAUGUAUUUUCCAAUUGGAUGGCCGAAAGUUGUUCAAGUCCCUAAUUCAGGUCAGGGCUCCUUGAGGCAAAUCAAAUGCAACAGGGACCGAAUCUUGGUGGCUAUUCUCACUGACCACUCUUUAUCGAUAUGGUUUUGUAAGCCCUGUGUGCCCAUAGUUUACCACAGAAGAACUGGUAAGUCUUUGGAGAAGUUUGGAACAAACGUUACGGCAGAAUGGAAGCCCGAUUCUAGCAAAAUAGUCAUUGCAACUUCAGAAGGCCAUUUACUCUAUUACAAGCUGAAUGUCAUAUCAAAUCAAAAGGGACUUUAUGUCCAGACUGAUUCACCACAUGCCAAUCUACGAAGAGACAGCGCUGAGCUUUUUAUCAAAGAAACAAUCCCUCCAUUAUCUUUGGAAAUAAGUGAAGAAGCCCUAGUAUGGGAUGGCAAGAUAACGGGCAUCGUCUGUAUAACAAUGACUGAAAUAAUGAUAUCAACCACUGAAAAUCAUGUGCUAAGGUACAGGUGGGAUGGCACUCAGAAUAGAGAUUACACGUUAGACUUAAGAAGAAUACCGUUUUGUAUUAAUCAGCAAGUAUCUAAAGCAAUACCCAUAGUGGAGGAGAACAUCCACAUAGUAGAUAUCGAGUACUCCCCAUUGGUGGGCGGUUUUUCCAUAGUCCUGAACGAUGGUCGGGCUGCCUUUCUAACGGCCUCCUCCUUGAAAUUCGACCCCAAUCAAGUGCAGGGCAUCUGGGCGCAGAACAUCGAAGACGCCACUUGUACCGUCAUCAAUCACAAAUACCGCCUAAUCACGUUCGGCAGGGCGAACUCCGAAUGCGUAGUUUACUAUGUGGACGACAGUACAGGCGGUUUGGAGGUGUCUCACAACUGCAUUUUAAGCAGCAAAGACUAUCCGGGCUGCCCAGGGGCUGUGGGGAACGUUUUAUGGACGCCCGAUGGUUGCGCCCUGGUAGCCGCUUGGUGCCAUGGGGGCAUCGCCAUGUGGUCCACAUUCGGAGCGUUACUGAUGUGCUCUCUAGGCUGGGACUACGGACUCAACGUGGAUAUUCAAAAAAGCAAUCCGUUGCAAGUUCUGUCAAUGGACUUUGCCACUGAAGGCUAUCAGCUGUGGAUGAUACGGGAGAACUGCAACGAGGCGCCAGGUGUGGAGAACGGCGAUAUUUCGCCUGCGGAAUCCAGCCUGAUUCAGUUGGAUUUUGCCAAAAGUGCCAUGACAAUAAACCCGUGCAUGAGCCAUCAGGGGCAUUUGUAUCUGCAGGCCGAGGACCGGCUCUAUGUGAAUUCGGCCGACAAUUUAAUAAAAACCUUCUCUGAACGAUCUAAUCGGGAGGAUGCGUUGUUCGGGGACAGCGCCAAUUCCACCACAACAUUAGCGGAAGGGCGCCAAUGGCUUGUAAUUCCCGUGCCUUCGACGUACUCUGCAACAAAUUGGCCCGUCAGGUACUCAGCAAUCGACAUGGAUGGCCAAAACAUAGCCAUUGCAGGCCGCACCGGAAUCGCUCACUACUCCAUCCAAUCCAGACGAUGGAAGCUUUUCGGCAACGAGAGCCAGGAAAAGGACUUUAUCGUUGCUGGAGGGCUGUUGUGGUGGCGAGACUACAUAGUGCUCGGCUGUUACAGCAUUGUGGACAAUUCAGAUGAAAUCCGGUUCUACUCAAAAGAGGCCAAGUUAGACAACAAGUUUGCUAAAACCGUGCCGGUUGCAGCACCCAUUCUUCUGAUGAACGUUCUGGAGGAUCAGCUGAUCACUUUCAAGUCGGAUGCUCAGAUCAGCAUAUGGCAUUUGCAUCAAAAUGACACAGUUGGAGACGUGGAAUUGCAGAAAGUGCAGGCAAUCGACGUUUCAGCCCUUGCAGUCCAUCCUGCGUGCAUCGUAUCAGUUACCCUAACGGCCUUGCGGACUGAAGCAAUUGUGAAAAAUGCGUCUCAAAGGGCGGCUGAAAGUAUCGUGUUGAACAUUAGUGGGCGGCUGUUGUUGGUGCAAAGGGAGACAAGCAACGGCUCAAAAUUCACCUGCUUAAUGCCGACGGUUCUGGCCAGUUGCGUGGAGAACGUCUGGGUUCCGGCCAGGAGAACCCAAGAUAAGGUUCAUCUCACGGAGGCUCUGUGGCUGUUUUGUGGUUCCCAUGGAAUGAGGGUGUGGUUGCCUCUCUACCCUAGAGAUGGAGACAAGCAGCAUAGCUUUAUGUCCAAGCGGAUCAUGCUGCCCUUCCAGCUGAAGAUUUACCCUCUAGCUAUACUGUUUGAAGACGCCAUCAUCCUAGGGGCGGAAAAUGACACAGUUUUAUACACAUCCGACCUUCACUCGCCCUUCUCGCUGCCCUUCAGCGUUCUACAACGGACGAGCCAAGUGUACCUGCACCAGAUAUUGCGCCAGCUAAUCAGGAGAAAUCUCGGCUAUCAUGCCUGGGAAAUCGCCAAAAGCUGCAUGAGUUUGCCGUAUUUUCCACACUCGUUGGAACUGCUGCUUCAUGAGGUUCUAGAGGAAGAGGCCACCAGCAAGGAACCGAUUCCAGACGCCCAAUUGCCCAGCGUGGUCGAAUUUAUCAUGGAAUUCCCAGUUUACCUGCAAACAGUAGUGCAAUGUGCCAGGAAAACCGAAAUCGCGCUGUGGCCGUAUUUGUUUUCGGCCGCGGGCAAGCCAAAGGAUCUUUUCCAGGAAUGCAUGACCAAAAAACAGCUGGAAACUGCCGCGUCUUAUCUCAUCAUUUUGCAGAACCUGGAAACCUCUUCAGUUAGUCGGCAAUACGCCACCCUGUUGCUCAACACGGCUCUGGAUCAGUCCAAAUGGGAGCUGGCCAAGGAUCUAGCGCGUUUUUUGCGGGCAAUCGAUCCGAACGAUGUGGAAUCUCCGCGCAACUCCUUCAUCCUGCCCAGCAAACUGGGCAGCAAACAAACUCCUCCAGUGAGCCCCAACGCGGAGGAGAUUUCCCUGAUUUUGGGAAACGUGCAAGGUUCCAGGGUGCGAUCGUACAGCACAACGGUGUCGCCAAAGGUGGCGGAAAAGCCGGUGGAAAAGAUGAAUGUGGUGCCCGAAUCGCCAAAUGCCGGCCGCAAGAAGUCGGUGCCGAACGUGGUGGCCACCAAAACGGAAACUAGUUUCUCUCGAACUCGCUUUAGUAGCCUCAGACCGUUUUCGGCCCAUUGGCGGAACAUUUCCAAAUUGAACCAGCCGAGCAACACGGCCGAAGAAUUCUUCAUCGAUGUGAUCCUGCAGAAGCACGCGCGCAGAUUAUUGUCGAACCGCAGCCUGACCGACUUGGGAUACUUUGCUGCCCAUCUAGAUUUUCACCUGGUUGCCUGGCUGGGCAAAGAGCGAGAUCGAGCAGCUAGAGUUGACGACUUCGUCGCUGCCCUCAAGCAUUUGCAUGAAGAGUUCCAAUGGCCUUAUCCGCCUCCCACAUCUCUAGCACUCAAGUCCCAACCUGCAAGCGACUACCCGGUUAGUGUUCUGGAAGAUCAUCUGCGCUCCUUGAAAGUAGACGUGCUGAGUUAUCCAUUCAGCAGGGUGGGCGACAGUGGCUACAUGAGCUUCCAGGGCUUGCCAGGACGCGGUCUUGCCACCCCCGUGGACACUCUGGAACAGUCCAGCCAGGUGGCGGAUGAGAUCGAAUUGGAUUCGGGCAGCGCAACUCCAAAGGCUUCUAGAAGCGAACCGUUGAGCCCCAUAGAUGGAAAGCUGCCGUUCUUCGGAGUGGAGAACGGGCAUGGUUUUAGUACCAAUUUAGGCUUGCAGACGACUGUUCUUCAGACGAAUCACUCGAUCGACGAGUCAGUGAUGAGCACAGUGAGCUCGGUAUGGGGUGGAGAUGAUCGAGAAAUGGUGGGAAGCCCCGGAACUGAAAACUGGGAAGUGCCGUCCACUCAAAUCCUGGAGCAACUGUCCAACGGCGACAGCAGAGGCUCCCACAAGUCUGAGAUCCAGCUAAGGUAUCUGCUGCAUCUCUUCAUGGAAGCCAGUUGUCUUGAAUGGUCCCUGUUAAUAGCAGUGCUUCUUCGGGACGCAAUGGCGGUUCUUCGGACAGUCAACGCGGCUAAAUCUCACGAGCAUUCCAUCGAGUCGGUGUCCAGACUGAAGCAGGGGCUGUUGAUUUUGAACUACUGGACAACCACCGAGUGCAUCGGAUACAAGGCCUUCAUGCUGGCCAUCCAGAACCAGCUGGCGGUGCUGUCGCGAAUUCUAGACACGAAAAUCCAGCAGCAGCGAAUCGUCGAAUAUCAGCAGGCGGUUUCCGCAAGCCUCAACAAGGCUUCCUUGCAGAAGCCACGUUCUCGCAAAUCUAGUCAAAGCCAGGACGCCGCUCAGAAGAACAGCGCCAGUGUUGUGAACGGCAAAAGUGAUGCUACAGCCAUUGGAGUGAACUGUGCGCCCGAAGAGGAUUUAGGCGAGGAUUCGGUGAUACCUGAAAGUACUGGUUGCACUAUUUCCUAAUCCCGGGUAAGUGGUUGGAAACAGGACUGGCAGCCGUUUGGAAAGCGCAUUUUCUCGCUAAUCUAUGGAAUCAAAAUUCGUCCGGGGCGUAUGCCUCAAAUCGGAUCUGGAACAGCAUAAGCAGCACUUUUCUGAACAGAAACUAUUUUGAUUAUUGCUUAAAAAAACUCUGGAAGUUAAUGCUCAUCCUCACAACAAUCAAAUUUUGGUCAGUUCAGCUCGGUUGUAGGAAGCUGUAGGGGCUCAUCCUAACUAGGCCAAUUACAAUUUCGUCCAACGUGCAAUUUGUCGUACUGAAGCCGUUUUACCGGCAAGUGCUGGGGUUUUUCAAACUUUGCGCACUUUGCAAGUCUGUAGAGUGCCACCAAGAAUUCCUUGGGCCCUUCAAAUUGUAUCGGGUGUCCGAAACGUAAGAAACACUGGACUAUGUUGCAAUAUUUUGUAUGCAACGACACCUUUACUCAACGAUUUACUUCGCGGACACCCGGUAGAUUUGCUUUAGUGUUCUAUCAGAGAAACGUCCCUCACUCUUGCCAAAUUCGAAUAUCCACCAAUAGUCCAGUCAGGUUAAAAGGCCUGUUUCGGGCGCUAAAUGGAUGGAGGUAAAAGAUUAUUGGAAGUUGUUCGGAAGUGCAAGAAACCGGGCUUUUAACCGUUGAUGCUAUUGAAAAAAGUUAAUCCUUCUCUGCAAGUAUUAAAAAUACCUUGCGAACAACUCCCAAUAAUAUUUUACCUUCAUCUACUUAGUGCCUGGAAAAGUCUGUAAGGUGGUAAGAAUCCUGUUUCAUCCAUUUUUAGUUGUACCUCACUAGUUAUACGUCGCAAAACUACAAUUAUUUACUCGGGUUGGUUGUUAUCUAGAUGUCUACGUUAAUUGUUCGUCGAAUGCUGAUUUUAAGUCAAUUCACUAGCGCCAAUGUUAAGCUUCCUCCAAACGAGAGGCUUAAAAUUGUCACCCUCUGUUGUAUGUAACUGCGGCAAGGGUCUAGUUAUAUCCACCGAAAUACUCCUUUUUUUCAUCAUGUACCUUUAGUAAUUUAAUAUUUUAUAUAGAAAUUUAUCAAUAAAAUUUAUUAACACUGUU